AUGGGUCGCCAAUUCUUCGUCGGUGGAAACUUCAAGAUGAACGGUACGAUCAAGUCGAUCACCGAAAUCGUCGACAACCUGAACAAGGCCAAGCUCGACGAGAACACUGAGGUUGUCAUUGCACCACCAUCUCUCUACCUCCUCUUGACCCGCGAACACCUCCGCAAGGGAAUCGAGGUUGCAGCACAAAACAUCUUUGACAAGCCCAACGGCGCCUUCACCGGCGAGAUCUCAGUCGAACAGCUCAAAGACAGCGGUAUCACCUGGACUAUCCUGGGUCACUCUGAGCGCCGCCAGAUCCUACAGGAGAACGAUGACUUCGUCGCCAGCAAGACAAAGGCAGCAGUUGACGGUGGUCUGGGUGUAAUUCUGUGCUGUGGUGAGAGUCUGGAGCAGCGUGAGGCGGGUGAAACCGUCAACGUUGUUACCAAGCAGCUCAAGGCCGUUGCCGACAAGGUUAAGGACUGGAGCAAGAUCGUCGUUGCUUACGAGCCUAUCUGGGCUAUUGGUACUGGCAAGGUUGCUACCACUGAGCAAGCCCAGGAAGUCCACGCCGCUCUCCGUGAGUGGCUCAAGAAGGAGGUCUCAGCAGAGGCUUCCGAGAAGACCCGUAUCCUAUACGGCGGAAGUGUCUCGGAGAAGAACUGCAAGGAGCUUGCCAAGCAGCCCGACAUUGACGGUUUCCUUGUUGGCGGUGCCAGCUUGAAGCCUGCGUUUGUUGACAUUAUCAACAGCCACCAGGCAUGA